GUCGCGCGCAAGAUGGAGGGGACACCCCCGCCCCUCGUGUCCCUCAGAGCAGGGGGACGGCGCCGGUGUGGGAUCGGGUGCUCGUCACUCCGACACUGUUUUGGAUGCAGUCUGAGUCCAAGGAUGAAGAAGAGACACCUUCCCUGCACUGGGGACUAGAUCCUGUGUUUUCUGCAUUUGCAAGGCUGUAUAUUAAAGACAUUAUAGAAAUGAGAGAAUCUAAACAGGUGCCAGGUAUAUUCUUUUAUAAUGGUCAUCCAGUAAGACAGGUAGAUGUUGUUGGGAUAGUGGUUCAAAGGAAGGAGCGAGAUGCCUUUUAUAAUUAUGGAGUGGAUGAUAGUACUGGAGUUAUAAAUUGUGUCUGCUGGAAAAAUCCYAUGGUAGCAGAAACACCUUUAUCAGGCCAUCCAAGCACACCCAGCAGUCUCACUGUGUUUGAACAGAUGAAGAAACUCCAAGAAACAGUGAGCCAGAAAACCAAGCUGGAGAUUGGGGAUAUUGUCAGGGUCAGAGGUCACGUCCGAACCUAUAGGCAACRAAGAGAAAUUCAGGCUUCAUGUUACUAUAAAGUGGAUGAUCCUGUGUGUGAUGUUCAGAUUUCAAGAAUGCUGGAGCUCCCCUGUCUCUAUAGAGAAGUUUAUGAUAAACCUUUCAAGUGCCCUGAGGAAAUACAGAGUGGCCUGGAGGGUCAGAAUUUCUCAAUCCGUAUGCUGCAUGAGAAAGUGCAAGGCUUUCUAUUAGAAAACAAAAUUCAGACCUUUUACCAGCAGGAGUUAGAGACAGUUGAUUCACUGGUGUCUCUGGCUGGUGUGCAUCUACCCAGYCCCAGCUGUCAGGAGGUGAAGUCAAAAAGUAACUCCAAUUCCAAAAGGAUACACAGUGUUUUUAAGGAAGCAAUAAAGAUGCUACAAGAAAAAGGAGUGGUUUUCCAGAAACCUGGUAGCUCCAAGGACUUAUACCAUGUGACUGACCAUGAUAAGGAGCUGUUUAAAGUGACCCUUGAUGUGAUUAGAGAAGACUGUCGAAAACCCAGGCAUGCUGAAAAAGGCUGCCAUUUCCUUCAUGUCCUGACUUGUGUUCGGCAGAGCUACAUCCCUUCUCUGGCUGAAGUGGUGAUGCACCGUGUCUUGGAACUACUGGAGAGUAACAGUGAUGUUGUCAGCACUAUGGAAGGUUGUUAUAUGGUAUUUUGAAGAGAAAAGAUAAGGAGGAGAGGUUGAGAGACUCUGAGAAGCUGUCAUUAGCUGGUAUGAUCUAGAUAGGGGAUAAAAAAAAGUCUUCCAAUUCUCCAAAUGCUGUUUUUGUCCAGCUUCAAAUAAGUUGUUGAAAUGUUUGUUUUAAUAUUCUUGAUGACUUCCUUGAUAUUCCUAGUGAAAGUUGUAUCAAAAUGAUUCUGGRCAUUCUAAUGGAGCAGGGGAACUGGAAAAGAAACUGGGCUCUUUUCUUGGAGUAGGAUGAGAAAUUGGCCAUCCUCACAUCUGCAUCCAGUGGGCCUAAAGAAGUCACUGCUAAGGUGCACUGUUUACCGCACUGGUCAUCUCAGGAAAUAAUUGUCUGGCUUAAAGACUGAUCUUGUGAGCUUUCAUAUGGUAAUAGCUGUGGGUCCUUUUAUGUGAACUUCAUAACACCUAGAGAAAGGACACAGAAACAGAAGAAUUUGCCUGUCCCUCCUGGCAGUGCCAGUGCACCUUUGUUUGUAAAUAUGUAUUCCUCAGUCUGGACAGCUUUCCCAUUACUAGAGCAGUCYUCACCUUUCUCUGGAGAGUAAAGUUCAGGAUUGGGGUCCUGCAUCYCCUCCCCAUCCUGGAGCCUUGCCCACUGGUUGUCAAGCAUGUCUGCAUUCCUCUGCAUUCCCAUCUGUGUUGCUGAUGCCUGUUGUGGAUUCUCUUCAGACCCAAAUUCUCAAAAUCAGCCACCAUUUUGCUGUUUCAGUUGCUUCCUACAUCACAAAUGGUAAAACAUAAAUUAGAUGCUUUGGAAAAGAAAAUACAGAAGCCAUUGAGACCCACUGCAAUCUCCUCUGCCUGUUGCCUUUUAUGUCUUUUAUUUGUCACUUUUGUGGUAAAAUACUACCCAUAUCUGUGCUUGCAGAGGAACACAAGACAGAUGAAACAACACUGGCCUAAAGAAGGUUCCCAUGCAAGAUGUUUGAUCUGAAAUAAUUACAGCUCUGUUAUGUGCAACAGCUAAAAAGCAGAGUUGUUCAAUAUUUAUCCUUAGAGAGGGCUCGCUGCUGCAGGGGCUUGUCUGUUUAAUUAAUCUGUUUAAUUUAUGGUGUGGAGGUGAGACCUUUAACUUGAAAAGAGUACAAAAGAUUGAAUUUAUCUUUCUUUCCUCUGCACCUUCCCUGUAACAGUUGAAAUAGCAGCCUCCCAGGAGGCAGCUGUAGUGGUAAAGCCCUAUAAGGAUUGACAUAGCAGGGAAAAAUAAACCAUAUGCAUGAGGAAAGCCAGUGAGUAGCCCCAUGUGUGCCAGCUCUCUGGUUUGUUAUAUUAUGUGCCUCACUCCAAGCCCUGGCUGCAGUGAGAUAUAGGCUAAGAGAAAGGCAUGACAAAAUAUUUGGCAUUUGCAUUCAGAGGCCUGUGGAAAACUCUGGCCUUAAAGAGAUGGUAAGUUUGUGCGUAGUAGAAAACUAUGUAUGAAUCAUUCAUGUGCUGUAUAUUCCCUACUUGCUGCAGGACUCAGGAGUUGGUUUCCUUACAGAUUUCCCUACUCYUCACAUUGCUGCUCUGCUCUGAGUCAGGCACCUUCCAGUCAGAUCUUAACAUGGGCCCUGAACAGGUGCUGAAGGGAUGUAUUUGUGCAGAAGGAAAUAGAGGAGGAUUAAGGAAGAGUUGUAAAGUGUUUGUUCCCCACUCCCUCCCCACACACUGAAUAUCUCUGUAAAUCAGGGAAAGAAGGCAGAUUCUGAAUGAAGUGGUACUGAGGGGAAUUGAAACUUUAUGCCUAGGAGAAGAUCUGGUUGCCCACCGGGGAGAUGUGCUUUUUAAAUUCCUCCUCUGAUUAUUGACAGUUUGAAAUGAUGCUUAGAAAGAAAGGCUAUCUAUGGAAGAAGUAGCUUGGAAUAUUGAUUUCUAAAUUCACAUUCACUUCAGGAAUUGCCCACAAUCARGCAGGACAYACWGUUAAGUUGCUUAUUUGGCAUGAGUUUGAGGAUAUCUUGAAAGUAAGAGGUGUUUCAGACCAUGUGGAAGAGCAUAGCAUCUUAUUUAAGAGACUGGCUUGGCCAUUUUCUUGAAAUGUUCYAUGUUAACAGAAGCUCAUUGUGCUGGCAAAGGGUUAAAGGAACACUGCUAGCUCAGUGGGAAAGGUGAUCUCCUCUCCUAAGUAAGAAGAAAGACCCUGGUUCUCCUGAGGAUGUCAGCCGAGUGUGUGGGCUGGAUGAGUUCUGGGAGGAAAAGAGUGUUUGGCGAUCAUGUUUCUCUUGAGGAUCUCUUUAAAAUAAAUUCAUACGAAAAUAGGAUUACAUCUUUGUGCUUUGCAGUUUGCGUAGUCACACAUGCGACUUCUGUUGCCUCCAACUUUGAGGCUGCACUUCCUGUGUUUUAGAUGUGUUUCUUUCUGUAAAGUUUGCCUAAAAUCCCUGUCCACUGCUUUUCUAUGCUUAGAGGUAAAAAGGGCAGACACUUGUGUCUGCAUCAGUCAUGCCCCUGUUGUAGUUCAAAAGUACUGAACAACUGCAAAGUCUUGAAAAUGAGGUGGAAGGAACUUACCUGAGGGAACACAGGUAAGUUAUUCUGGAAAGAACCUGUCCUUGGAAGUUUUUAAGUUGAUCCUUGCUAGGAGUGCUUCACUCUUGCAAUGGAGGGUKUGUUCUGAUGGUGUUUGCUCCCCAAGAACAGGAAAAAGGGAUUUUUCUCAGAUGAGUUGUCUCAGGGAAAUAAGAUGAAUAAACAGAAGAGUGCCUACAGUUUUACAAGAGUGAAAGGUUAAGCUAAAGUUAAGGAUCUAGGAGGAACCUAGAUUUAAGUUAGGUUCCUUAAGUUAGUUAAGUACACAGAUUCUGACUAUCUAUAAUAGUUGUGCCUUAAUCUUGCAUGCUUUCAUUUUUCCACAGGACCCACCCAGGUUAACACUUAYUUUGGUUGAGAGCAUUCCCUCUUGCACCUACAGGGAAUUCCACAUGCAUGUGCCUGCACAGCAGUGCCCUGAGGAGCUGUGGGAGCACAGAGCUCACUGUAGGCUGAUUUACCCAUUCACUCAGUAUCUCUACAGUGUGCUUCUGUGACAGCAGUCUAGACAUACCCAUGUUGGUAUAAGUCACCUUUAUGUAAGUCUAACUACACACACUAGGGCUUUUACUGCAAGUAAACUGUCUCUCUGUUUAAAGAUCAUAUCCUUAACCAACRGAGUCAUAUCAUGCACACUGUUAAAAUUCUUAGACCACACCUACAAAAUAUUGUGCAGAGCAUUCCAUGAAAGCAUGCUUUCUUGUUUUGUUUAAUUUGAAAACUCGUUAGGCAACACAAUUAUUACUGGUUURUUAAAGGUCUUGGAAGGUGGUACUUUAAUGUAAAACUGACAAGUGAGAAUUCAUGUUGUAGGACUGCUUCAUGGCUGGUUCCAGUUUCCGUAGCAACAGUUACAGCAGUAAAAGGUAGGUAAGGAAAACGGAAUUUUUCAAAGCAGUCAGCAUUUCUGUGCUACCUUAAGAAGGUAAGUUUCCGUAGAAAUGCAGCACCUGAGAAUACCUAAGAAUCUCAGUAUUAUAUUCCAACAAAAUGCAAGGUGAUUGCUUUUCUAGUGAGGAGACAAAGGAACAGCUUUACCUUCAGUCCCUGCCCUAUGCUUACCUGAGAAAUGAGGUUGCUUUGUGCCUCAGUUUCCCCCUUUUGUAAAUGGGGGGUAAUACAGUUCCCUGUGUAGGGCAUAAGCUUCUAUUUUCUUGUAAUCCUAGUCAUUAAAAGCUUUAUGGGAGCUAUUAGAGAAGAACUCAGUGGCUGUCUGGGAGAGAGUGAAUGGAUAAAUGCUGGAGUGGGACUUAGAAAAUGUUGCUCUUGUAUUAGUACUAAUAGCUUUAUAUUUUUCUGYCUCUCCUUCCAUGCAUAUUGCUUUGCUUGUUUUGUCAUCUUGCUCUCCAAGACCUAUGGGGCAAUGAUGGUCUCCRUGCUUUUAUUUGCACCAUAUUUUUCCUGGAGUCCCAUUUUCUCUUACGACUUCUUAGAUGACUUCAUAAAAAUAGAAAUCCAGAUAAAUGAGUCCUGACUAUUCUUGUUCUGAAAUCAUYGGAUUGUAAAUUUGGACCCAUGAGAGCAUGCAUUUUACACAACCUACCUGGGAAAUGCAGCUUUACUUUCAAAGUAAUAAAUGACAAAGUUAAAUAUUGGCUACAUAUCUAAAAGCUAUUACUGUUGUGGAUCUAUGUAUACUUGUGUAUUCCAGUGAUGAACACCAUAAAUAGCUGCAAAUUCAUUACUCAAAGUGGGAAUGAGCAGCCAGUGAGGCAUGGAGCCACAUGGAGAAUUACAAGACAAAGUACUGGAAAUCUGUUUGUCAAAGAAAUGCAGUUUGGUUUACUUUGAGAGUAAGCUGAUCCKGUGGGGAAAAGAUGUGCCUAGCAAAGAUUUGUAUCUUUAUACUUACCUCUAAAUGGGAAGGGAGCAAGUUCAGAUCCCAUGGGCACCCUGAAUUUUGAAACUUCCUGUCAGUGCAGCGCUGUGUUCUUUAUUGCUGUCUUUCAGCACAGUCUCCAGUCCUCCUGCACCAAUCCUCCAGACUAAAGCAAAAAAAAAAAAUGUUCAGCCACAAAGAUAAAAGAAUAGUUUUAAUAAUUGGUUACCAUCCUCGAGGAGUUGCAGUAUCACAGCAACAUUUUUGUGGAUCCUUGUGGGCAGCAGGGAAAUGCUGAGCCAGGGAUCUUGGGUUUCAUUCCCAGCAAUGUACCCUUCCAGGCACAGAGACUUUCCCCCUAAUUUCUUUCAUCUAUUCCUGAACUCCACUCUCCCCUCUGACAAGUUUGUCAGGCCCUUCAUUUCAUUCACAGUCACAGAUCCUGUCAAACCCCCUUCCUCUAUUUUGUUCCCUUUAUCUUUCCUAACUCAAAUAUCCUUGUCAACAUCUGGCAAUUGAAACUUUCAGAGUAAYCCCCUUGCCUAACUGACCUGGCACUGUUCACAGCCUGUUCUGAUUCCAGCAGGCUGUCCUUUGCUCCUUGUCUAGGCACCACAAGAGGCAGCUUUCUUCCCCCUGCAGUUUGCAGCAGAAAAGAGCUGCAGCUUCAGAAAAACUUUUUCCACCCCACCCUCCCAUCAUUUCAGUAGCACCCUAAAAGAUUCUAGUGUUGGGUUUUUUGCAGGUAUCCAAGUACAAAAUAAAUAUAAUUAAAAAUAAAGUAUUUGUAUCUUGCCCAAACCUGAGUAAGCASAAGACACACCCCUGAUAGAAGCUAUCUGCCUCUCCCUGUCAUAUUCAUGUCCUUGCAGAUCUCAUUGCAGACACGAUCUGUAAAGAUGAUGUGGACUUCUAGCUUGUGUACCUACACUUAGUAUGUCUCCUUUUAGCCUGUCUUUUUCUGAGAAAGUGUGGUUCUGAUGUGAUUAUACUGUGUGUCUGGGCAUUUGGCAAAUUCUGUCCCAUCACCCCAAGUAACUUUGGCUAGUUAAGAAGUGUGAAGGACCCUGAGCUGUUAUGGUCUGGCACAUUCUUAGGAAAUGGAUGCACUGAUAGAAGAGGGAAGCCCAAAUCAGUGCCUCCAUCAAAAGGGAGAAAGAAAAUCAYACAACAUCAGAAAAAACCACACACAGGACAGUCCCAAGGAACCUGUUCCUGUAACUUAAACUGCCACAAGAAGUAAUUGUUCUGCAAGUGCUCUUUGAAGAAAUGACUGGACAGUUUUUCCAGAAGCUUCUUUAUAGCGAUUGCCUCAAGACAGUCAUGAUGGCAAACUGCAAAUCCAUUAAAAUCUGGUAAAGCUGUAUUGGAGUACAAAGUUGAGCAACUGAUAAUGAUGCCACCAGCCCAUUCCCACUAAUAUCUUUUAAAUGUGCAAUGGAGACUACACUAAUCUAGUCACAGUAAUUURCAAGUUGAAACCUGCCCAGAUUAACAAGAUUGCCUGAGAAUAACAUACCCAGGAAUUUGCCAGUGAAAGAARUAACCUAAAGGAACGAUUUUCAGUAAGUGUUGAACUACAGAGCAGUGCAGUGCCAAUUAACCUGGCACAACAUGUCCUACAGCUCUUGUUUUAGCUUGCUUUUUUAUUAUUCACUGGAAGAAUGCACACUCCUUCCCUAUCAGCUCAAACUGGAGCUCUCUGCCACCUUCACACCUCUCUGCUGGGAACAAGGUAAGAUAAAUAGCAAAUGUAUGUCACKGUCUAGCAACCAAUAUGAUUUAAUGCAGAAUGUGCCAAGUCUCUUAUUGGCCUGGAAAGUUCAUGGUUCCUCCCAUGAGUGGAGACUUCAGCCAAACAUUACAGUGAUAUGUGGAAAUAGGAGGGAGGAAUCUGUUCCCCCAAAUGUCUUCCCCAGCAAUGGAGUCAUGUAAGUCCUGCAGGCCUACCUGAUUCUAAYAUCUGCUCUUCUUGGCAAGGUACCAAGGUGGUACAGAAAUGCAAGGGUGAUUGGGACUGGUUUUUUUCUUGUUGACAAUAUUGGUCAUUUGCAUUGAGAGUGUCCAUGUGUAACUUGUGUUCAUGUAAAACUCUUCUUUGCUUUAUUGUCCACAAAAAACCCUCUGAGCUGUAACAAGCCAGCUGGUGUUCUGAACUACUGCCUGCAUUGCUGACUAAUACUCAUUGUUUUCUGUCCUCACCUUCCCUUUUUUU